UUUGACUUCGACCUGAACGGAGAUUAGACGGGCAGAUUCUCUCUCUCUCUCUCAUUGACGGGGACGGGGAGCAAGCAUGAGCGUCAGUUCAACACGGAGCAGCGAGGACAUCGACGAGCUGGAAGCUGUGAGCUGGUAUCAUUAUGAUUUGUCCCGGCAUGCAGCUGAAGCUCUUCUCCUUUCGAAUGGGGUGGAUGGGAAUUUUUUACUCAGAAACAGCAACAAGGGUGUUGACUGCUUCGCCUUGUCUGUACGAGCAAAGGAUUCAGUGAAACACUUUCAUGUUCGCCGGCAGUUUGGCAGAUAUUCCUUUGGCUUCAAUGAAUUUCCUUCCCUACAAGAUUUUUGCAGUCACCUAGCCAAUCAGCCCUUGCUAGGCAGCGAGACAGGAAAUCUGAUAGUGCUGCGGUUCCCAUAUCCACGGCAAGUGGAAGAGCCAUCGAUUUAUGAGACGGUGUGUGUGCAUACUGCCAUGCAGACUGGCCGACAUGAGAAUGACCUGGUGCCUAAUGCUCCAGCACUCGGAACUAAAGAAGGUUAUCUGGUUAAGCAAGGAGCAUUUGUCAAGAACUGGAAGCAGAGAUGGUUCACACUGAAUAGAUAUGAACUGAAAUAUUUCAAGGACAAAAUGUUUGUGGAGCCGAUUCGGACCCUGGACCUGACGGAGUGCUCUGCUGUCCAGUUUGAUUACAGUCAGGAGAGGGUCAACUGCUUCUGUCUGGUGUUUCCUGAGAGAACCUUUUAUUUGUGUGCAAAAUCCGGAGCCGAAGCAGAUGAAUGGAUUAAAAUACUACGAUGGAAACUGUCACAGGUAAAGAAAGGUAGAUGAUGUUCACCAAGAAGAAAAACUGGAGCAAAAUAAGAGUCAUGUUCAGUUGUGUUUGUGAUUACACAAGAUACAACAACUGCAUCUGAUGCCCUGUGAUCUCCAAUGGAGCAGUUAUAAAGAGUCUGGAAGCUGUGUUGGCAGUCUAACUGACAGAAGGUUUUUGUUUGUGUUUAUGGAUACUGAAUUUUUUUCUUCUUCUCCAACCCAAGAUAUAUUUGCAGCAUGAAGAUAAUUGUUCCUUUAAUAAGUGUCUGCUACCAAACAUAUCUACAUAAACCCUUAAUAUAUACAGUACAUCGGAAGUAACAAUGCUUUUAGAAUAAGACCUUAUAAUGAUGAUGCAUUUUUAAGCCAUACUGGAAGUGUCCAUCACUCUUGGUUUCACUGAAACAACAUCUGUAAGUAAAUCCAUAUAGAAUCUGCGCAGAAAUAUCUGCAGAUCCCAUCAAGUCUUUAUUUACUAGUGUAAAUGUGUGUAAAUAUAUAUUUAUUCAGUUUUUAUAUUCAUUUCAGCAGUAUGAUUGAAAAAUAUGCAAAUGUUUAAAUGUUUUGUCUAUAAUAGAGUUUGUUAAGUACGAUUUUCUGUCUUUUAGCAGCUAUAUUAUACUGUUAGAAGGACUUGCGUUUACCAAACAAGCGGAUCUAAUUGUAUUUGCAUUGUAAACAUUAAAUAAAAGCUAAAAAGUGA